AUGGAGCGCGGGCUGCACCUCGGCGCAGCCGCUGCGGGCGGCGAAGACGACCUCUACCUGCACAAGAGCCUAGGCGCAGCCACCGCCAAGCGCCUGGAAGCGGCUUUCCGCUCCACGCCCCCGGGCAUGGACCUGUCCCUGGCGCCGCCGCCUCGGGAGCGCCCGGCGUCCUCCUCCUCGUCACCCUUGGGCUGUUUCGAGCCGGCUGACCCCGAGGGGGCAGGGCUCCUGCUGCCGCCGCCCGGAGGCGGCGGGGGCGCGGGAGGCGGCGGCGGCGGCGGCGGAGUGGGCGUCCCCGGGCUGCUGGUGGGCUCUGCCGGCGUAGGGGGCGACCCUAACCUCAGCAACCUCCCGGCCGGGGCCGCCUUGUGCCUCAAGUACGGCGAGAGCGCCGGCCGGGGCUCGGUGGCCGAGAGCAGCGGCGGCGAGCAGAGCCCCGACGACGACAGCGACGGGCGCUGCGAGCUGGUACUGCGGGCCGGGGGCGCGGACCCGCGGGCCUCUCCGGGCGCGGGUGGCGGCGGCACCAAGGCGGCCGAGGGCUGCUCCAACGCCCACCUCCACACCGGCGCCAGCGUGCCCCCGGGGGGCCCGGGCGGCGGGGGAGGCGGCAGCGGCGGCGGCGGGGGCAGCAGCAAGAAAUCCAAAGAGCAGAAAGCGCUGCGGCUCAACAUCAACGCCCGCGAGCGUCGGCGGAUGCACGACCUGAACGACGCGCUGGACGAGCUGCGCGCGGUCAUCCCAUACGCGCACAGCCCCUCGGUGCGGAAGCUCUCCAAGAUCGCCACGCUGCUGCUCGCCAAGAACUACAUCCUCAUGCAGGCGCAGGCCCUCGAGGAGAUGCGGCGCCUGGUCGCCUAUCUCAACCAGGGCCAGGCCAUCUCGGCCGCCUCCCUGCCCAGCUCGGCAGCUGCAGCGGCCGCGGCAGCCGCCCUGCACCCCGCGCUCGGCGCCUACGAGCAGGCGGCCGGCUACCCGUUCAGCGCCGGGCUGCCCCCCGCUGCCUCCUGCCCGGAGAAGUGCGCCCUGUUCAACAGCGUCUCCUCCAGCCUCUGCAAACAGUGCACGGAGAAGCCUUAA